UUUAGGGUUUGGGGCUCUCGUGGCGUAAGCUCUGGGGCUGGACCACUGACUUCUCUCUUCCUCUGUUUCCCAGCCCAACGCUCACGCUGCAGCUUCUCCAGCGCGGGAUCGGCUCCACCAACAACCAUGGGUAUCGAUUUGAAGGCCGGUGGUCGCAACAAGAAGACCAAACGUACAGCUCCCAAGAGCGGUAACGUAUACCUUAAGCUUCUCGUGAAGCUGUACAGGUUUUUGGUUCGAAGGACGGAUGCUCCCUUCAACUCCGUGAUCUUGAAGCGUCUGUUUAUGAGUCGAACGAACAGGGCUCCCCUUUCCAUGAGCCGGCUGGUGAAGUACAUGGCUGGAAAGGAUGACAAAAUUGCAGUGUUGGUUGGGACGAUCACUGACGAUGUGAGGCAGUUCGAGGUCCCUGCGCUGAAGGUUGCUGCUCUUCGGUUCACGGAGACUGCUCGCGCGCGUAUCUUGAAGGCUGGAGGAGAAUGCCUGACGUUCGAUCAGCUGGCGCUGCGCGCACCAACUGGAGCGAACACUGUGCUUUUGCGGGGUCCGAAGAACGCCCGCGAGGCAGUGAAGCACUUCGGCGCUCCCGGCGUGCCACAAAGUCACGCGAAGCCGUACGUCCGAUCGAAGGGACGGAAAUUUGAGAAAGCUCGUGGUCGUCGUAAUAGCAGAGGAUUCAAGGUCUAGGCUCGUUUUGCCGUGUGCGGAACCUGAGGAUUAUUUCAGGGAGGAACGUAUGGGGCGUAUGAGGUUUUUGGCUGGUACGUGGAUAGUUCUAUGAUCUUGCCGUGGCAGGUGGGGUGCGUGGUGCGCGGUUGGCGUAGCGUUGUCCCUGGUCAUGGAUACGGAUAGCGUGAAUGCGGAAGUGUGACAUGGGAAGCAGCGACGCAAGUUUCUAAGAAUUGUGUGAUUGUGACUGGGUGAAGGGAGACAGUCACAGGCGUACACCAAUGCAAGGGUCGGUGUGUUUUGAGAGACAUUUGGCCUGUUAAGUGGUGUGAUUUCUUUUUGAAUGAAAUACAGAGUUUUGCGCAUUGCCUGGACUGUGCCGUAA